UGCGACAUUAUUGAUAGGAAUUUUGACGAAUUUAGAGAAUACUAAUUGCUUUGGGGGGGAGGAGAAGAAAGAAAGAAAGAGGGGUCAGAGGGGCAAUUACGAAGAGAUAAAGUAGAAACGGCAACGUUUUAAGAAAAAGGAGAAUCCGCGUUACGCGCUCUAAACUCCCCCACUCGCUUCGCUUCGCUUCACUCUGAUAUGUCUCGAAGUCUGUUGCCGGCCACACCGCCUUCGUCGUCGUCGGAAGCCUUUGGCGAACUAUGCGCUGCUUUUCACGUUAUUGUAAUUGUAUUUUGACAAGCCUAAUCGGAGCUAAUCACACCUCUGCUCGUUUUGUUUGUGUGUAAGAUUAGGAAGAUGGAGGGGAAGGCAGCAGGAAGCAGCAGCUUGUUGCGGAAUAUGAUGGUUCGCGUGCUUCUCCUAGGCGUCCUCCUCUUCCUCCUUCGUUUUGCUUACGUCAUCACCCUCACCGGCGAAUCUUGCAAUCGCGGCGACUUCUGCUUCUUCUCCCUCCCUCCCGAUCUCGUCUCCGUCAUCGCAUCUACCUCCCCUGGCGCCGAUGACGACCAUCUGCUCAAAUCCGUUCAGUUCUACUCCUCCGUCUUUCGCGACCUCAUCUCCGAUGGUUUUCUCUCCCCUCAUUCCAAGUCUCUCUGCGUGGAAGCUACGCCUGCUGCCCGAGAGGUUUUCUCCCUCAGAGAGCUUGGCGUGAAGGACUCCAUCGGUAUCUCUAAGAAGGCUUCCCGUCCCUUGGUGGUGAAAGGCGAGGCUCACUCUAUACCCUUCCAGGACAAUACUUUCGACUUCAUCUUCUCCGGUGGCGGCCGCCUCGGGAUGUCGUUGAAGCCGUUGGAGUUUGCCGAGGAGAUUACAAGAACACUGAAGCCCCAAGGGAUUGCGGUGGUUCACGUUGCUGCUACUGAUACUUACAGUUUCAAUUCAUUCCUUGAUUUGUUUAAUUCUUGCAGUUUGGUGAAGAUGCGUGAUCUAGAUUCUCCUCCUUUUGAUUCUCCUCAUAUCAGAGAAUUCGUUAUUCAGAAAUACUCUGGAGGUCACCAUAAGAAGAGUUCUGCUGGUGGCAAGUGCUGGAUCCCUGGUUACAAAACAGACUUGAUUCGAGACGCUGAGCCCCUCAUUCAAGAGGAGCCUCUUAAGCCAUGGAUCACUCUCAAGCGCAACAUUCAAAACGUUAAAUACAUUCCUUCCAUGGUAGACAUUCGUUUCAAGAGUAGAUACGUUUACGUUGAUGUUGGUGCUCGGAGCUACGGUUCAAGCAUUGGGAGCUGGUUCAAGAAACAGUACCCCAAGCAGAACAAAACUUUUGAUGUUUUUGCCAUUGAGGCCGACAAGGCCUUUCACGAGGAGUAUAAGAUCAAAAAGAAGGUGCAGCUUUUGCCCUAUGCAGCUUGGGUGAGGAACGAGACUUUGUCCUUUGAGAUCAAUCACGAUCCGGGGAAAGAAGUGGAAGCCAAAGCAAUGGGCAGGGGGAUGGGCAGAAUCCAGCCUGUUAAGAAAUCUUCCUCGAGCUUAGCUGGAGAGGUGAACCUGAUUCAAGGGUUUGAUUUCGCUGACUGGUUGAAGAAGAGCGUGAGAGAGAGGGACUUUGUUGUGAUGAAGAUGGAUGUUGAAGGAACCGAAUUUGAUCUGAUCCCGAGGCUGAUCAAGACUGGAGCCAUUUGUCUAAUAGAUGAGCUGUUCCUUGAAUGCCAUUACAACAGGUGGCAGAGAUGUUGUCCUGGCCAAAGGAGCCAAAAGUACAACAAAACUUAUAACCAGUGCCUACAGCUCUUCACUUCGCUCAGACAAAGUGGGGUGCUUGUCCAUCAAUGGUGGUAAUGGUUGCAUUAUCUCCUUCUUCUUACAUGGCUUGGGGUGAUUUUUAAUCUAUAAAUGUACUUUCUUCUUCUAGAAUAUAAACAACAAGGAUAUUGUAGGGUUUCUAUUAAGGCACAGAAAAAAAAAAACUCUGUUCUGUUUUUAAAUUCCCUUUACUGUAAGAAUUUUAGAUUGAAAUGAAAAAAAUUGAAUU